AGGUUCCUCUCCGGCCCGGGAGCCACAGAGCAGCUGGAGGGAGAGAGAGGGAGAGAGAGAGGGACCACCGGAGUGCCGCAUGGUAAAAAGAACCAACUUUCCAACACCUCCCAUGACAUUUGUGAAAUCUCAGUGUCAAAUCAGGGUCUUGAACUGCGUGUGGCUCAGCUGAAACGGGGCGGAGUUACGGGAGUUUGGCCGGAGUGUGUGUGUGACAGUAACCGGUGUACAUGUGUGUAGAUGUGUGACAGCGGAGUGUGUGAGGACAAGCCCCCCGCCCCCCCUGUCAGGAUGAGCAGCCAAGGAGGAGGAGCCAAGGACCCCCAGUCAGCCAAUCACAGCUCUCGGCCGCUGCCCUCAGUACCAGAGGAGAAGAAGUCUAGAAACAAGAUCAUCUCCAUGUUCGCAUCUGAGAAGGGAGGCCGGAAGAAGGACCGGGACAAGGACAGGCCUGAGAUCUCCUCCCCCUCAGACUUCGAACACACCAUCCAUGUGGGUUUUGAUGCCGUCACUGGAGAGUUCACUGGCAUGCCGGAGCAGUGGGCCCGUCUCCUUCAAACCUCCAAUAUUAGCAAAUCAGAACAGAAACAGAAUCCUCAGGCCGUCCUCGACAUUCUCAAGUUCUACGACUCCACCAGCGGAAAACAGAAAUACCUGAGUUUUUCUGCCUCAGAUAAAGAAUCACAGUCGCCGGGUAAGAAGGGUACUGAGACCUCCCCAUCAGGUGUCAAGGACGGCGAUGAUGACGACGAUGAUGAAGCUCCACCCCCAGUUGUGGCACCACGGCCAGAGCACACAAAAUCAGUGUACACGAGGUCAGUGAUCGAUCCGCUCCCACCUCCAGAGGUAGAUGCAGCCUCCAAGGCGGCCGACAAACAGAAGAAGAAGGGAGGCAAGAUGACCGAUGAGGAGAUCAUGGAGAAACUGCGAACUAUUGUCAGUGUUGGCGAUCCCAAGAAGAAAUACACCCGUUAUGAGAAGAUCGGCCAGGGGGCGUCUGGCACAGUCUACACAGCUAUAGAUGUCGCCACAGGGCAAGAGGUGGCCAUCAAACAGAUCAACUUGCAGAAGCAGCCCAAGAAAGAGCUGAUUAUCAAUGAGAUCCUGGUCAUGAAGGAGUUGAAGAACCCCAACAUUGUCAACUUCGUAGAUAGUUUCCUGGUUGGAGACGAGCUUUUUGUGGUGAUGGAGUACCUGGCCGGUGGCUCUCUAACUGAUGUGGUGACAGAGACGUGCAUGGACGAGGCUCAGAUUGCCGCCGUCUGCAGAGAGUGUCUCCAGGCUCUGGAGUUCCUUCAUGCCAACCAGGUCAUCCACAGAGACAUCAAGAGUGACAACGUACUGCUGGGCAUGGACGGAUCGGUCAAACUCACUGACUUUGGCUUCUGCGCCCAGAUCACCCCAGAGCAGAGCAAACGCAGCACCAUGGUGGGGACGCCGUACUGGAUGGCUCCUGAAGUGGUGACCAGGAAGGCUUAUGGCCCCAAAGUGGACAUUUGGUCCCUGGGUAUCAUGGCUAUAGAGAUGGUGGAGGGAGAGCCUCCGUACCUCAACGAGAACCCUCUCAGAGCAUUGUAUUUAAUCGCCACAAACGGGACCCCUGAGCUGCAGAGUCCAGAGAAGCUGUCUCCCGUCUUCAGAUCCUUCCUGUCCCGCUGUCUGGAGAUGGAUGUGGAGAAACGAGGAUCGGGCAGAGAACUGCUGCAGCACCAAUUCCUGAAGCUGGCCAAGCCCCUGUCCAGCCUUACCCCCCUCAUCCUGGCAGCCAAAGAGGCCAUGAGGAGCAACCGCUAGUCCCCAUUGCCUGCCAUACCAACCAGCAUCUUCUACUGCCCUGUGUAUGGUAACCACUAGCAAACCGCUAAAGGUUUACUGUGUUUCAUUUUUUCCAAAUGCCUCUCUCCAAGACGUUGUGUUAUCCUUGUGCUUUCUUAUCCAUGUGCCUUUUUCCAUGGCCCCACACAGCCAUGUUACAUUCACUAACUGCAGUUGUAGCUUGUAUGGCUGGUGUGUUUUUUAAUGCAACAUGUAUUUUUUUUGUCAUAUCAAA